GAUGAAAGUACUGAUUCUUUUCCUCGUCUUUGCUGUGUGGACUACCUCUGCUCAGGUUAUCCAAGCCAAGGAUGAAGCUGAUAUGUAUAGGAUAAAUGAUGAGUAUCCAGCCAGAUACUCAGUUGUCAUCUAUAAAGGUGAAGGUGAAACCUGGCUAAGUUGGUUUGAAAGCUAUCUAUUCGAAACCAAGCAUCAACAAGAGAUGAGAGAACUUGAUCAAAUCAUAGAUUUCUUUGAGAAAAAUCCAUACUAUGAGAUCCCUGUGAUCGAAGUUGAUGUUGAUAAAGCUGAUUUUACCGAAUCUAUUAUGAAUUUUGGAGUAGAGUCUGUACCUUGGAUUAUUAUUUUGGAUGAAAAUAACGAUGAAGUUUACUCAAGUGCCCCAGUUCCUGAGGCUGAUGAAGAAAUUUUGGUAGCGAUGAAUAUUUUUACUUCUACAAUCACACCUCCUCCUUCUGAUGACGACGAUAUUGAUUUUGGAAUUGAUUUUGAAGAGAUUUUUAGAGAUGAGCCUGAUGAUGUAAUGCCAGCAAUGAUUGCUCCUGCAGACUCAAAUGAUAAAGUAGGAGAGGGUUUUUUCCAACCUGAAGAAGCUAAUGAAGGUUCGAUUGGUGGCACUUCUUCAGAAGCUGAAAAUAUAGAAGAGGCACCUGUUUUUGAAGAAGCUCCAAUACUUGCAACUUCUACAUCUUCCUCUACUGUUCAAAGUGAGAAGCCUGCUUCAUCUAAACCAUCUACAACUUCUGAAAUAGUAAUUCCUACAACUGCAGUUUCAGCUUCCUCAACUCCAUUUUCUCAGCUAUCAAAUACUGCCCAAGAAAAUGCUUCAGGUAUUGCUCAACAAGUAAAACAGCAAGCUCAGCAAAAAGCUCAAGCAGCCCAACAAAAAGUCCAAGAUAUCCAACAGAAACUUCAGGACACUCAAGAGCAAAAUUCCCAAACCAUCCAGCAAACUGCUCAAGAAAGCCUUCAAGCUUCUAAACAAUUUGCUGAACAACAAGCCCAAGCAAUCCAAGACCAAGCUAAAGCGGCUAAACAAGCAGCUCAACAGAAAGCCCAGGCUGCUCUCCAGCAACAAGUCCAAUCUGCUAAGCAGAAAGCUCAGGAUGCUCAAUCUUCUCUUCAACAGCAAGCACAGGACUUCCAGCAAAUGAUCCAACAACAAGGUGGACAACAGCUAGGAGGAAAGGUUCAGCAAGCACAGCAACAAAUCCAACAGCAGUUGCAACAGAAGUUCCAAAAUAGUCCUAGAAGGAGAUAAGG